AGUCUACAGUUCGAAAACGAUUAGCACUUGUUCAUCGAUGCGCCCGUAACUACCAUACUCCUCCGAGCAAGCGCAGUGAGGUCCGGCAAUGGCUCCCGUUGGUCCUAGAUCCGGUGAAGCGAUUUUCGCCAGUGUUGAGCGUGUGAAUGCGGAGCUGUUUACUUUAACGUACGGGGCGAUCGUGCGUCAAUUGCUUACAGAUCUGGAAGAAGUUGAGGAGGUUAACAAACAGCUUGACCAAAUGGGUUAUAAUAUUGGAACCCGUUUGAUUGAUGAGUUUUUGGCUAAAUCUAAUGUCUCAAGAUGUGUUGACUUCAAAGAAACUGCUGAAGUAAUAGCAAAGGUCGGUUUCAAGAUGUUCCUUGGUGUUACUGCUUCUGUGACCAAUUGGGAUGCUGAAGGUACGUGCUGCAGCAUUGUUUUGGAGGAUAAUCCUUUGGUGGACUUUGUUGAGCUUCCUGAUACCUGUCAAGGUCUUUACUAUUGCAACAUCUUAAGUGGAGUUAUCAGAGGUGCCUUGGAGAUGGUGUCCAUGAAGACUGAGGUUACAUGGGUCCGUGAUAUGCUUCGGGGUGAUGAUGUCUUUGAGUUACAAGUAAAACUCCUCAAGCAAGUUCCUGAAGAGUACCCAUACAAGGAUGACGAGUGAGCUAACCCUGUGAUGUAAUGUGUAUACUCAAGAUUUUUAUUAUUUCAUCUGCUCUGAAGCAAAGAGUAUUGGUAGUCUCUAUCUGGACUCUAGAGUGCUAUGUGUAUUUGAUGAAUUGUUAGAAUAGAAAAUGUUGGUCAUCACAUGUGAUUUUGACAUUACAGGAGACUGAUUUAUUUAGAGAUUUAGAGAAGUCUUCCGAUAUUAUAUGAUGUCUUAAUUCCUCCA